AAUGCAAUGGUUGAAAUUGAGGAGGAUGACACAAUAAUGGGAGAGUUAUUGAUCGAUAAUGACGGAAACGUAACCGUUUCAAUGAGCUUUGGCACUACUGAAAAUAUAUGCGUUGGUAAGUUAUUUGUUUAAACAUAAUUGCCAGGGUUUUUCAUUAAUGUUUUCAAUAUUUUAGACUCAACUUCUGGUCACCCUGUUUCCAACAUUCUCAGAGAUACAACAAACGUUGUAUCGCAAACAAGGAAGAAAAGUAUUUCCGAAUUUCUUAAGAUUCCACGACGAAGCGCGAAGCAUCGAAGCUAUACCAAAAAAUACUUUCCCGUUCUGACGGCCGGAGAACGUAUUGAGGAAAUAAGAAAAGCAGAGCAAGAAAAACAAGAAAUGAAAUUCAAAAGAAAGAAAAUUAGAGCAGCAGAACGAACAGAAGCUAGAAGAAGAACCGAAGAAGCCAAGAAGGAGCGGGCCGAGCAGAACGAGCAAAAAAAAGUUGAAUAA